CACAACUCAGAAGUGCACAUUCAGCUUCCAGCCAUUACAAUCAUGACAGAAAUUAAAAUAAGAAUUGUGAAAACUUAUCCUUAACAUUUGUGGCCACAUACUCUACUUUCCACACUCAACCAACAUUCCCAAUAAAUCACCAUUCACCACUUAUAGACACACCAGACAAAGGGAAAAACAAGCUAGACAACAAAAAUCUGUGAUGGAUUUGACUCAUCCGAGGAGAAAACUAAACUUUCUGCUGAUCAUCUCAUUAUUAUUACUAUCAUUACGUCAUCAAGAUUAUAACGUUGAAGCACAAAAUUCAGACAAAGUAGUGAAUCUUCCCGAACAACCAUCCAAUCCAAAGAUCUCUCACUUCUCAGGUUAUGUCAACGUGAAUCAAGAAAAUACACGAGCACUCUUCUUCUGGUUCUUCGAAGCCUUGUCUGAAGCCCCAACAAGACCUCUAGUUCUCUGGCUCAAUGGAGGUCCUGGAUGUUCAUCCAUUGGAUAUGGAGCAGCAUCUGAAUUAGGACCUUUUCGUGUGGUUGAAAAUGGGACAAGCCUUAGAUUCAAUCAAUACUCUUGGGUCCAAGGAGCGAAUAUGUUGUUCUUAGAAUCACCGGUUGGAGUAGGGUUUUCGUACACCAACACAUCUUCCGAUUUGGACAACCUCAACGACAGUUUCGUUGCGGAAGAUGCAUACAACUUCAUGGUUGCUUGGUUUGCAAGGUAUCCCCAAUAUAAGUCUCGUGAUUUCUUCAUCGCUGGUGAAAGCUAUGCCGGUCACUACGCACCUCAGCUAGCCGAGCAAAUAUACGAUCGAAACAAAGUUAAAUCAAAAGAGUCCUUCAUUAACCUCAAAGGCUUCAUUGUAGGCAAUCCAUUGACGGACGACGAGUACGAUAACAAGGGGAUUCUAGAAUACGCAUGGAGCCAUGCAGUAAUCUCCGACAAUCUCUACGACACCGCAAAACGUAAUUGCGACUUCAAGUCAUCGAAUUGGUCGGAACCAUGCAACGUUGCCAUGAAUACAAUGUUCCAAAAAUACAAAGAGAUUGAUAUUUAUAAUAUAUAUGCUCCCAAGUGCACCACCAGUAACUCAUCAGCAGCUUCCUUCUUAGGAGUUUUCAAUAAGUCUCCGGCAAUGAAAGACUGGUUCAAGCGAGUGAGAUGGUUUGAAGGUUACGAUCCUUGUUACUCUGAUUAUGCUGAAAAAUAUUUCAACAGAGUUGAUGUUCGAACGUCUCUUCAUGCCAGUACACGAGAUGUAUCAAGGUGGAAGGUUUGCAAUGAUUCGAUAUUGCAAACGUACCAAUUCACUGUCUCCUCAAUGUUGCCGACCUAUAGUAAGCUCAUCAAAGCUGGUCUCAAGAUAUGGGUUUAUAGUGGAGACGCCGACGGGAGGGUGCCGGUGAUUGGAAGUCGGUAUUGUGUUGAAGCGUUAGGUCUUCCCGUCAAAUCUGAAUGGCGCUCUUGGUUCCACAAUCAUCAGGUUGGAGGGAGGAUAACGGAGUACGAGGGAGGGUUAACGUUUGUAACAGUGAGAGGAGCUGGACACUUGGUUCCUCUCAAUAAACCUGAAGAAGCUCUCGCACUUUUCAGUUCCUUUCUUAAUGGUCAAGCACUUCCGUCACUCCCCUAGAUAUUAUCACAAUAUCAUAUAUAUAUACUGUCUUUUCUUGUUUGUUUGUUACUGGUUCUAAAAUAAAACAUGGAUAAAUCAUAAAUAAUAAAUCCAAUCACAUGUACAUAUUACUGUUCUAUUUCUACUAUCCAACCAUCUAAUGGUAAU